AUGUUCAAUGAGACUGUCAGUGCCGAAGACAUCUGUAUGUGGCUAGGUAGAUUUUGCACUGUAAAAGGCCAGGCUAUGAAGGUGCGGGAUGCGGACGGCAUCUGGAAUUGCGCUUGGCGGGUCCCCACUAAGCAGUGGGAUGACCCCCAGGGCUUCCAGGGCCUGAAACAUCUCCCAUCCAUGAUAGUCCUGGGGGAGAACAGAGGCUACAUUCAUUACCAGGGCCAACCGAAGUUGUGUCGAAAGUGCGGCGAACACGGUCAUCUGGCCGAAACUUGCGAUAAAGUCUUCUGCGGAGGAGAGGAGAAAUUGGCGGGAAACGGGGACAGCCAGGCCUCCUUUUUAGAACUUGCUCACCAAUCAACCCCGAAGGACCCAAAUAAGGACCAGGAACCAGUGACUCCAGUGCGCGGGCUCCUGUGUGGGGACGCCACCACAGUAUGGCGCAACGUGAGUCACCCUGUCGUCUCAAACAGACUUCAGGACAUGUCAUGGAUGGCGGCUCAUGGGAUCCUCCCAGUCAGAGCCGUCAUGCACUCCCGCGGCAUGUCUGCAACGUCCAUCUGCACCCGACCCGGUUGUGGCGCGCCGGAGUCGGUGAGGCACCUGCUGUGGGAGUGCAGCGCUGCUGAUGACCUGUGGGCAACGGCCGGCUCCUCGCAAUUCUCACACUUGCCAGCAGGGGAGGUCCUCAAUGCACAGCUCGUGCUGUACGGGGUGAGCCACCAGAAAAUAACAAGAAAAGACUUUGCAGAGAUGUGGCUCACCCUUGCCACCAUCAAAGACGCCAUUUGGACCUUCAGAAACCUGCUGGUGAGCAGGCGCAGGCAGAUACACCCGGUGGCUGUGAUCCGAAUGGCAGCAGCGAAAAGAAAAACAUCAGGAGCUGCAGGUGGCGAGCCAAGGACACAGCCACCAAGAAGAAUCGCCUGCGCCUCUGUGGAUGGAGGAGCCGGAGCUUCACAGACGGAGGUCCCGGCAGCGGCGGCCUGGCUCUCCGGGUGAGGCAGGAGGGAAGGAGCAUCAGGGGGGGACCCCCGCUGAGCGCCAUCACUGUUUGGGAGGACAGGAUG